AUGACGAGCACUAUGGCGCCAAAGAUAUCAGACACACAUUUUGAAGCUCUAGGAGUAGACCAAAAAAGGAUGGUCGAAGACAUGCAAAAAGCAAGGGAGGAAUCCACAGAUUUGAUGCGUCAACUCCUAUAGAACAUGCAACAAUUUCAGCUUACAAUAUGUAUGAGAUUGAAAGCUUUGGAGAAAAAGGAACAACUUAAUUUACAACCAACAUCAAAUUGUCAACCAGCACCACCAGAAUCAUGA